GUCACGAGUGGAUAGUGGAAGAUACCGUCGGAAGUCAAGUGGAAAAAAGUCAAAAAUUUGCUGUUGAAUUUUGAUAAUGCGUUACGUAGGGAAUGUUAAGUGUAACGUAAACGACAUGUAAUAGAAUUUGUAUUCUCACAGCCUGAUUAGAAAGCAAUGCAAGCCAGCAGUAUUUUGAAAGUAAAUGUCAACACAAACGUAUCCUAUGUCAAACUAUGUUUCGUAAAGCAUUUCAGCUGAUAACAGUGACGGUGAUACGUUUGAAACAGUGGGAUUGGCCGAAAGACAAGGUGUAAGCGAGUGGCUGUGUAAAAGCCGAUGUAAAACUAAGUACUGUGUGUACUAAAUGAAGGAAGACGUAAAUGCAGAGAGAUCUGGAUAUGUUUAUCGUGUAAACGGUUCCUGAAAGGAGUAUUGGAUAUAUUGAGAAUGUCUGACUCUGCUUCUCCUGGCUACCAUCAGUUAAGUGUCACAAUUGAAUGUGCUCAUCUUCGUGGAAACAGUAGCUUCUUGAAACCUAAUCCCUAUGUAGAGCUCUCUGUCGAUGAGAAGACUCCAAGAAAGACAGAAGUAGUGAGAAACACAUAUCAACCAAGGUGGAAUGAAGAGUUCACAGUGUUGGUUACUCCUCAGUCACAGCUUCACUUUAGGCUUUUGGAUCACAGCACAUUUCGCAAAGAUGCAGUCAUAGGAGAGAAGCAGCUCAGUCUUUUUGAAAUCCUUACACACUACAAUGGAAAAUGUGAGAAUUUAGAACUUACUGUAGACAUGAUGAGUGAAACUAAACAUGAUACCCAACCAGUAAAAGUAGGUGAUCUUGUCAUGGUAUUAAAUGGCAUGCGUGUUGAUAUGAGUACUCAACUAGCCAAUGUUCAGCAAGAAAACCACACAAGGAGUCUUACAACUGCAUCAACAGGGCAACCAAAUAAUGAUCCACCUGGAGCAAACAGGAGUAUUCUCAAUGGUGGUGUACGUGCAAGAACUCGUCAGCAAGGGAGCGAGAAUCCUUUGGCUGGUUCAUCAAGUAGAAGCAGUGCUCAUUCAGUUUCAGGUUCCAAUUCAAUUACUCCAUCAAGCCCUCCAUCAGCAGCCACAAUAAAUGGAACAUCAGUGCAAGUACCAUCUGGCGGUGCAUCUGUUUCGGGACCACCUGCACUGUCAGCUGUACCAGCACUCCCCACCAUGAAUGGUGUGUCAGCAGUUAAUGGCAUGCCUAGUCCUAAUCCAGUUGGUGUACCACUUGGACAGCCAGCAAAUGGUGGCAUUGAAGCACCCACACAGAGGGGUCAAGCUGUAGGAGUUGAAGAGCCAUUACCUGCAGGGUGGGAAAUGAGGUACGAUGUGUACGGUCGGCGUUACUACGUUGACCACAACACACGCAGCACUUCUUGGGAGCGUCCGCAGCCUUUACCCCCAGGUUGGGAAAUCCGAAGAGAUCCUCGAGGUCGUAUAUACUAUGUAGAUCACAAUACACGCACCACAACUUGGCAGCGACCGAACUCAGAGAGGCUGCAGCAUUUUCAGCAUUGGCAAGGAGAGCGCGCACAUGUUGUGCAGCAAGGCAAUCAGCGCUUUCUUUAUCCCCAGCAUACAUCAGGUGCGGCAUCAACAGUUGAUUCAGAAGAAGACAAUCUUGGUCCUCUUCCAGCUGGAUGGGAGAAAAGGGUGCAACCUGAUGGUCGUUGCUACUUUGUCAACCACAAGAACCGCACUACUCAGUGGGAGGAUCCUCGUACUCAAGGACAGGAAGUUGGAGCUGAUGAAGCGGCUCUCCCACCAGGUUGGGAAAUUCGAUUAACGGAAGAUGGUGUCCGUUACUUUGUUGAUCAUAACACAAGAACAACAACAUUCCAAGACCCUCGACCUGGAGCUCCAAAGGGGCCAAAAGGUGUAUAUGGUGUGCCCAAGGCAUAUGAAAGAUCUUUCAGGUGGAAACUUGGACAGUUUCGGUACCUGUGUCAAAGCAAUGCACUUCCUAGUCAUAUCAAAAUAACAGUAACUCGCCAAACAUUAUUUGAAGAUUCUUAUCAUCAGAUUAUGAGGCUACCUGCUUAUGAACUCAGAAGACGACUUUACAUUAUUUUUAGAGGAGAAGAAGGUCUUGAUUAUGGUGGCGUUUCCAGAGAAUGGUUCUUUUUGUUGUCACAUGAAGUACUGAAUCCAAUGUAUUGUCUUUUUGAAUAUGCAAACAAGAACAAUUACAGUCUACAAAUAAAUCCAGCUUCAUAUGUAAAUCCAGAUCACUUACUAUACUUCAAAUUUAUUGGUCGUUUCAUAGCAAUGGCUCUUUAUCAUGGACGUUUCAUUUAUUCUGGAUUUACAAUGCCAUUUUAUAAGAGAAUGUUAAAUAAAAAGUUGACAAUGAAGGACAUUGAAUCAAUAGACCCAGAAUUCUACAAUUCACUUGUUUGGAUUAAAGAUAACAACAUUGAAGAAUGUGGCCUAGAACUCUAUUUCAGUGUCGAUUUUGAAAUUUUGGGUCAAGUAAUACACCAUGAACUGAAAGAAAAUGGUGACAAGAUCCGUGUUGUUGAAGAAAAUAAAGAAGAAUACAUGAGGCUGAUGACAGAAUGGAGAAUGACACGUGGCAUUGAAGAACAGACCAAAGCAUUCCUGGAUGGUUUCAGUGAAGUGGUACCUCUUGAAUGGUUAAAAUAUUUUGAUGAACGUGAACUGGAGCUGAUGCUCUGUGGUAUGCAGGAAAUUGAUGUCGAUGAUUGGCAACGUAAUUCAAUUUAUCGGCAUUAUACCAGAAACAGCAAACAAGUUGUAUGGUUUUGGCAGUUCGUCAGAACAACAGACAAUGAGAAACGGGCAAGACUGCUUCAGUUUGUCACUGGUACCUGCAGAGUUCCUGUUGGAGGUUUUGCUGAACUCAUGGGGAGUAAUGGUCCACAGAGAUUCUGUAUUGAAAAGGUAGGCAAGGAAACAUGGCUGCCAAGAUCUCACACUUGCUUUAAUCGACUUGAUCUCCCGCCAUAUAAGAGUUAUGAUCAACUUGUUGAAAAGCUGAAUUACGCUAUUGAAGAAACUGAAGGUUUUGGACAGGAAUAGUAAAAGUGCCUACAGUGCUACAAAAAUGUCCAAUUUAAACCCGGUACCAAAAUAAUUUUGAUGAUACAUGCGUGCACAGUUAUGUUCAUGCAAUACUAUCAUGUUGUUGCAUAUUUUAUGACUUUGUAAUAUUGUAUAAUGUAUAAUUAAUUGUCCAGAGGUGUACAGAAAGUAAAAUGUCAAAUGUUAAAUAUGUGGAGAUUAUAAUUAAAUCUUUUACAUAAAAGUGUACCUGCUGUGUGUGUGUGUGUGUGUGUGUGUGUGUGUGUGUGUGUGUGUGUGUGUGUGUGUGUGUAAAUAAGUGUGUAACUAUUGAUGAUUGCUGUGUGUACAGAUUAUAUAAUGUAAAAUAUUCCAGUGAUGCAUUUUAAGAUGAAAGAACUGUUACUUGAUUCUGUGAUUAUUGCACUGAUAUAUAUUAGCCAGAUGUUGUAACAUAUUUUCAUGUGUAGAUAGUGAUAAGGUUUCCCAUAUAAAUAUGAACAUAUGAAAUAUCUGUUGUACAUUACUAAAAAAUGAACAUUUUAAAUCAUAAAAAUUUGUGAAUAUUAUUAAUAUCAGGUUAAUAAAAAGUGCCUUUCAGUUUCGGCUGGUACUGAAAGCAGUCGUGUGUACUUUACAUUUAGUGUAUUAUUUGCAGUGACUCCUUUGCACUUCAUUCCUGUCACUUGCACAACUUUUGGAAAUUUUUGUGUUAGGAUAAUUUUAUAGGUAAUGUUCACAGAUUGAUAUUAUUUGCAAUAGAAAAGAUAUAUUGAAUGUAUAGGAUUUCAUCUACUCACAGAUUGUAAAUUUAAUUCCUUAAUCAUUGAUUAGUACUGAGCAUAUAUAUAUUCAUAGCACACUACUGUUCAUUGAGUUGGCUCAGGGUUGUAUUGCCAUUUUGGAAGAAGAAGAAGGGAGGAGGGAGUGACUGUAAAAUAUUUUGAAGUAUAGCCCAUUGAAGCUCAUCUGCUGUAACCAUAUAGAAGAAUAUAACGUGUAUUUUAUGCCAAGAGCUUGAAAAAUAAUGUUUGUCUCAUAUGUGAAAGGUCAGUGACUUGUAAUCUUUAGCCUGAUCCCUCAGAGGUACAAUUAUAAUUAUUAUUGUAACAACUUAAAUAUUUGUGUUAAAGUUUCAGACUAAUUUGUUAUCAAACAAAAUAAUGAAUUUUGAGUUGGUUGUAUUGCGUGGUUACAUGGGUUUUGUUGACCAGUACUUCCUUCUCAGCAUGGGAAAGUGCAAUUUGAGUCUUGGUGGGCGGCAGUGGAGGUGGGAUCUUUAUUCACAUCAUUCCAAAUUUUCACUUGUGGUGCUAUUUUAUCAGAGUUCAACAUCCAAAUAAUAGAAGUCAUAAUAUAUAGACAUCCUCAGUUCUUUGACUUUUGAGUUCUGUAAAUAAUGGAUUUUAGUGCUUAAUGCUAGAAACUAAAAGGCAAGCAAAUUGGUAUGAAAGCAAUAUAUGUUCUGUAAUGAUUAUUAAGGAUUUAUAUUGAUUCAGUGAUGACAUUUUUGCAACUUAGAAUCAGAUAAAUUAUUUUAAUGAUAGUGCUUCUUCAUAGGACGUUGCACCCAAUUUUGUGUCACUUUUAUACUUUGAUAGACAAGAAAAUUGGAGGUAGUAUGCCUGUAGUUUGUUUUUCCCCCCACAAGGCUAUAUAUGAACAUCCACACACAUUACCAUUUUUAAAUCAUCUUAAAAUUUUGACAUUUACCUAUACAACUUAUUGAACAUAAUUUGAAAAAUAGGAAACAUCAUUUCACGUAAUUACUCAGGAACAGUCUGAUUUUACCAAACCUUUUCGUCCUUGUUCACUGUUGUUGAGGAGUUCCUGAAUAUAAUAUUUCAGAAAGAAAACAGCGUAGCUUUGGUGUUCACUACUAUGUUCUUAUGAGGUAAUGGUGUUUAAAGUACAGAAUGUAGCACACAGUAUCUGUUUUCUGUCCAGUUCUCAGGUUAUUACAUUUCUGCCAUUCAUUAAGUAGAUACUCCUCUUUUGUGACCCAAAAGAACAUCAGAUGAUUUGUUUUUAACUAGGAACUUGUUGCCGAUGGUCUUGAAAGGUAUAUACAUUGCUCUGUGGCACUCUGUUGCAAAACAUCCACAAAGUGGCUCAUGUGCGUUCUUACUCUUCAUACACUUCUAAGUCUUUUUUUUGUCUUGUGGGAUUUUAUUGUAUCGUCUAUUCUUGGUGCAGUAAACUUCAUUACAACAGCAAUUAAUAUACGAUCAGAAAGUAUAACUUUCAUGCACCUGAGUAGGCCUUCUUUUCAAAGAGGGUACCAUAAUUAGCAUAGCUUUUUCUGCAUCACAUAACAGUCCAUAAGGUCACAGCAAAUGUUUUUUAAGUCUUCUUUAGGUUGAGCCUAUAUUUUGAAUACCCAUUUUACAUAAACUUUUAAGUCAUAUUUCCUCGACCAGUCGUCCAUAAGGAUCAAACUUCAUCCCACCGAGCAAGAUAGCUCAGUAGUUAGUAUACUGGAAUUGCAUUUGGGAGGAUGGUGAUUCAAAUCUGCGUCUGGCCAUCGUGAUUUAGGUUUUCCGUAAUUUCCCUAAAUCGCUUAAAGCAAGUGCCAGGAUGGUACCUUUAGUAGGUAAUGGCUGAUUUCCUUCCCCAUCCUACCUUAACCCGAGCUUGUGCUCAGUCUCUAAUGACCACACUGUCGAUGGGAUGUUAAAACACUAAUCUCCUCCUCCUCCUCCUCCUCCUCCUCCUACCACCUUCACCCAACAUUAUUGGCAGGCUAUGCAAUGUCAAAACUCACUGAACUUAGUGGACAUCUGAUCUGGUGUGUAUUAUUAACAAGCUCUCUUUGUAGCCUAUGAUUAAUUUCAUCAUCAUCUGUACAAUUUAGAAUUGCACUUGUGAUUUCUCUCCAAUUACAGGAUGUGUAACUACAUAUCAUCUGUUUGUACUUUAUUCUCUUGUAAGACAUUGUUUCAGCUAUUAUUACCUUUGUGUUGGUAGGACUUUCAAUUAUAAUUUGCCUUUUUUGAAUUCACUUACAAAUUUUAUGACAGGACCAUUACGUCAAUGUCGGUAUUUUGUAUAAUGCUAUAAUAGUGUCAUUUAUGAAAUGGCAAAGCAUUUAGCUCCUAAGUAGGGUUCAAGUAAAUUUAAAUAGAAGUGCAAAAUUCGUACCUACAUAUUUCUUCAUUAUUUCAAGAGAAGAAAAAUUGGAUGUAAUCAUAUUUCGCUUAGCUUAACACAUUCUCAAUGUAUGCAAAAAGUAUAUUAAAACAUCAAAUCUAUGAAUGAUUUACACAGUGAAAAUAAAAAAUGAUGCAUCAGAAAUUCUGGCCAAGCUUGUAAAAUACAUCUUUAAGUACAAGGUUCUGUUCUGGAGACCUUGUUGCCUUACAUCUGACUAACUGGAUUUCUGGAACGGUUGUUGCAUGUAAAUAUACAGUUUAGUCACUCUGUUUGAGGCUGUCGGCUGUCUUCAGUGCAUCCAGCCUUAACAAUUAGUAUGUGUGUGCGAGGGGGGGGGGGGGGGAUUUGGUUGGUUGGUUGGUUUUUCUUCCUUCCUUUAGAAAGGAUUCAGUUGCCUCUUUAAAGGGUAAUUGAGAAAGAGAAGAUAAACGGGUUCUUCAUUGCAAAAUUAGGUAGUGUAGUAAAUUUUUUGGCAAUUUAUAAAGUUCACUUGCCCAGAUUAACAUUAUGUAUCUGUGGUUACAUUAUUUCCAAGUUUGGGUUUGUUCUAUGGACGAUUUUUAUCUGCUUUAUUCAGUUUUGAUUUAUUGUAUGUAUUAUGAGUAAAUAAAAAGUAAACAAUGUUAUCAUUGAAUA